UUUCUUCACCAAUCCAUCUCUUCAAAAUCAAUCCACCUCCUUCAUAUUUGAGAUUUUUAUACCUUUCAUUUAUUCAUUCAUAUCUUUAUUACUAUACGUAGCAAUGCGUCGCUCCUUAUUGCUUUUAGCUUUGGCUUUAGCUCUUUUGGCUUGCUCUUCAUCAUUUGCCUCUGCUCGAAUUGUUCGACAUACUUUUAAUGUGGGAAAUGUUACUGUGAAUCGGUUAUGCCGAGAUCAAGUGAUCACUGCGGUCAAUGGCGGUCUUCCUGGACCAACUAUUGUAGCUGAAGAUGGUGAUACACUUGUUGUUCGUGUUAAUAACGUAUCACCAUAUAAUGUCACAAUUCAUUGGCAUGGGGUGUUCCAGCUACUGAGCGCAUGGGCCGAUGGGCCCGAAUACGUUACGCAAUGCCCGAUCCGGCCCGGUCAAAGCUUCACCUACAGAUUCAACGUGACCCGCCAAGAAGGAAGUCUCUUGUGGCAUGCACAUUUCAAAGCACUCCGAGCCACGGUUCAUGGAGCCAUAAUAAUCCGACCCGCACCCGGUCGCACAUACCCAUUCCCAACGCCAUUCCGUGAAAUCCCAAUUGUUCUUGGUGAAUGGUGGAAUGCUGAUAUCAUGGAUGUGGAAGAGGAAGCUGUCUCAACAGGGGGUGCGCCUAAUGUUUCUAAUGCUUUUACUAUUAACGGUCAGCCCGGUGAUCUCUACCCAUGCUCCUCAAAUAACACUGUUAGGUUUACGUUGGUACAAGGAAGAACCUAUCUUCUCCGAGUAAUCAACGCUGCACUCAACACUCCGCUAUUCUUCAAGAUCGCCAACCACAAUUUCACAGUGGUGGCCGUGGACGCGUCCUACACCGACCCCUACAACACCGACGUGUUGGUUUUAGCACCGGGGCAGACCGUGGACGCGCUUAUGACGGCCGAUCAACCGGUAAAUCGCUACUACAUGGCAGCAAGCGCGUUCGUGAUCCCACUGCUCGCUCCCUACGUCAACAUAUCGACCACCGCCAUCAUGUCGUACGUGGGGGCCCCGGUGAAUUCGACACCACUAUUGCCCGUAAUGCCCAGCAGAAACGACACGGAGAUAGCGAACAGGUUUUUGAGCAGCUUGACCGGUUUGACCAGCAGCCCGCACUGGACCCCGGUCCCACUGGAGAUAGACGAGCGCAUGUUUGUGACUACCGGGCUAGGCCUGGUCGCGUGCCGCAACCCGAGCGGGGUCUGUGUCGGGCCGGGCGGGCAGGAAGUAGCGGCGUCGAUGAACAACGUAUCGUUCGAGCUGCCACAGGGGAUUUCGAUCAUGGAGGCCUACGUGAACAACGUGAGUGGGGUCUACACCGCCGACUUCCCGGACAACCCACCGGUGACGUUCGACUACAAUAACCCGAACAACACGCAGAACCCGGCGUUGUUUGCGACGGAGAAGGGGACGAGAGUGAAGCAGUUCAAGUACAACGCGACGGUGGAGAUGGUACUUCAUAAUACGGCGGUGCUGUCGUCAGAUGAUCAUCCGAUGCAUCUGCACGGCCUUAAUUUUUACGUGGUUGGACAAGGGCUGGGGAACUACAAUCCCCAAACUGAUGGUGCCAAUUUGAACUUGGUCAAUCCGCAGGAGCGGAAUACCGUUGUCGUUCCUAGCUUAGGAUGGGUGGUCAUCAGGUUCCGGGCUAAUAAUCCAGGUGUAUGGUUCGUGCAUUGUCACAUAGAUGGACACGUGCCGUGGGGUCUGGCUAAUGCUUUUAUCAUCGAGAAUGGGCCCACGCCGGACACAACGUUGCCUCCACCGCCAGCCGAUCUUCCACAAUGCUAGUUCCAAACUUGCACUACCUACUACUACCAUAUAUUUUAUUUUUGAAUUUCAGUCCACGAAAUGUAUUUGUAUUAAUUGGUGUGAAUUUUUUUUCUAUGUUGAUCUAUUUCGUAAUAAAUUCAUUGUAUAAAGAGAAAUAACUAUACAACUUGUAUGACCA